AAGGUUGGACUUGUGAGAUUAGAAAAUUUGAAUCUGGUGCGCUCCAAUGUUCAAAUGUUAUUCAUAGUCCUCGUGAUCCAUCAAACGGUCACAAAUUUACAUGUGAAAGAAUUUAAAGACCCAGGAGCAAAUUCUUUUUUUCUCUUUCAUUUUCAUACUAGUUAAAAACCCAAGAAUGGUCCUAUAAAUAAGGGGAAGACACAGCUCAGACAUUCAGACCAUAUCAUUGUUUCUCUCUCUCUCUCUCUCUCUCUCUCUCUCUCUCUCUCUCAUUAGUCUUUCUUUGAUUUUUCUGUUAUCUUUAUUCCAUCAUUAUACCUUCUUCUCUACGGGAACGAAUCGGAAUAAACCCCUAUAUUUAUUUAUGUGUCCUUUUGAGACUUUCCUCAUUUCUGUAUGUACGAAAAUAAGCAUAUAGAGUAUUUCUUUAUUCCACUCGAGACUCAAAGAGAGUUGUCUUUCUCAGAUCCCAACUUCAUUGAAAAAUUCUGGUAUAUUUCCAAGCUAUCUCUCCAAUCAGAUCGAAACCCAGUUCCCAAAAUGCAGAUUGUGAGAUGGGUUUUCAAGCUUGUUCUCAUUCUUUCACUCUAUAAUCUGUCAAUCUCAGAAGCCAUAGCCCAAACAGCCUCACAGCAGGAGCAGGAUCAGGAGCAGGCACCAGCUGCAGCUUGCUCAGAAGCAGAUAGAGUUUCUCUUUUAGGUUUCAAAGCAAGAAUCUUGAAAGACACUACUGAUAUUCUUUCUUCAUGGACAGGUAGGGACUGCUGUGGAGGAGGUUGGGAGGGAGUUCAAUGCAACCCAGCCACGGGAAGGGUUACUGGGUUGACGUUGCAGAGGCCCGCCUCUUCUGAUAAGUACAGUGCCCUUUACAUGAAGGGCACCCUGUCCCCUUCUCUGGGCAGUUUACAAUUCUUGGAGGUGAUGGUGAUCAGCGGGAUGAAACACAUUGCUGGAACAAUCCCUCAAUCCUUUUCAAAUCUAACCGGUCUCACGCUACUUGUCAUGGAAGACAAUUCACUUCAAGGGGACAUUCCUUCAAGUUUAGGGCACUUGCCCUUACUCAGGAUCCUCUCGCUCAGUGGAAACAGAUUGAUUGGCCAGAUUCCUCCUAGUUUGGGGAAUUUGAGGAAUCUGAUCCAGCUGAAUUUAGCUAGAAACUCCCUUACAGGUCCUAUCCCACCCUCCUCCAAAAAUUUCCUUAGUUUGCAGUCCCUUGAUCUCAGCUACAAUUUACUGUCUGGAUUGAUUCCAGCUUUUAUAGGACAGUAUCGAAACCUGUCAUUUUUGGACCUCUCCAAUAACCAACUAUCAGGCCAGAUACCCAAUUUGUUGUGCGAAUUGGCCAAUCUAUUGGACUUGUCCUUGAGCCAUAACCAGCUCACUGGAACAAUCCCUGACCAGAUUGGGAAUGUAAAAUCUCUGACCACUCUUUCUCUGAGUUUUAACAAACUGAGUGGUCAGAUUCCAGAAUCCAUUUCAAGGUUACAGAACCUUUGGUACCUGAAUUUAUCUAGCAAUUGGCUUUCGAAUCCUCUGCCCACAACCCUUUCCAAAGGCAUCCCUUCUCUAUUGUCAAUUGACCUGUCUUACAACAGUCUUAACCUAGGGACAAUUCCCGAAUGGAUCAGAAGCAGACAACUCUCUGAUGUUCAUCUAGCCGGCUGUAAUCUGAAAGGAACCCUCCCAAACUUCACAAAACCCGAUUCCUUGAUCUCUGUAGACCUUUCUGAUAACUAUUUCACUGAUGGGAUUUCGAAUUUCUUCGUGAAGAUGUCUAGCUUGCAGAAGGUCAAGCUUUCAAACAACCAAUUGAAAUCUGAUCUUUCAGGAAUCGCAAUAUUGCCAGAUGGGCUUUCAUCCCUUGACCUUCGCUCCAAUCAGCUUUCUGGGUCACUCUCUGGGGUCUUAAACAACAAAACCAGCAGCUUUUUGGAGGCUAUAGAUGUAUCCAGCAAUCAAAUUUCAGGCAGCAUUCCUGAAUUCAAUGGAGGCCUGAGCUUGAAAAUUUUCAACAUAGGAAGCAACAAGAUCACGGGGCACAUCCCAAGUUCAAUCUCAAACCAGAUCCAACUAGAGAGGUUUGAUAUCUCGAGGAACCAAAUAACGGGCACAAUUCCUACAAGUUUAGGGUUAUUGGUGAAAAUGCAAUGGCUAGACUUGUCCAUCAAUGGCCUUACUGGAAGAAUCCCAGAGAGCUUGCUGGGGAUAGAAAAUUUAAGACAUGCAAACUUCAGGGCAAACAGAUUAUGUGGAGAGAUUCCACAAGGGAGGCCGUAUAAUAUCUUCCCUGUCGCUGCAUAUGCACACAAUAUGUGCUUAUGUGGCAAACCACUUCCACCAUGCAAGCGGAAUACGGAAGGUAUUACGGGCCAGUAAAAUGCUGACUCAAUUGACAAAAGGGGUACAUGGUCGUGGUGCAAUAUCAAAUGCAAGAGGAAGGAGAUAGAUUAUGGUUGUUUCUGCAACAGCUAAAAUACAUUUUGCUUUUCUUCAUUCUAUUUUAUUUGGUACCAGUCUCUAUUCACUCUUAUUAUUUGUUAACUUCCAAUUAUUAAAGAAUAUAUAUAUAUAUAUAUAUAUAAUUGCGUGUUUCCACUUGAAUAACCUUUCCAUUUGAAGGUGAAAAAGUAAAGGUUCUGGUGAAUUUGCUGUAAUAACUGUGAACCGGAACCAUUACUCGGAGGAAUCAUGCAAUUUACCUAUAAA